AAUCUGCGGAGUCAGGUCUGGUCAGUAGUAAUUUGAUAUAAAAACAUAUAAAAAUAUCUUGGCGAAACAUGUCUAUACAUGUAUGUCUUUGUACUUUACAUAGUGCACGUGAACGUAUAUAUAACUCAUUUCCUUAGGUAGGUACCUUACGUGUGCUCAGAAAAUCAAAAAUAUUUUCUAGUAUCAAAACUAUAAUUCCUACUACACAAAGUGUGACUAGCCCAAGAUUUUUUGAAUUUCCCGCCAAAAAUGUGUAUAAUAUUUCAGUAGCCAGACUCUAUGGGUAUGAAAGUCCCGUCUCUUAAAACGUAAUGAUUAUAUGCUCUUUGAGCUAAACCAUUAUAGGCGUUUGACAUGUCACUGUCACUGAUUAUAACAUGUGCUUGUUAUAAAAUACAUACGGCGGAAGUUUAUUACGUAGAAUCUUAUAAUUAAGAUGCGCUUUGGAUGCUAGAAAAUCAGUAUAUUUGGUCUUUGUCAGUGAUUUCUAAUCAUUUCAAUGCCAUUAUCCGUUCGGCAAAGAACUAUUCUUAAUAAAAAUGGCGCUAAAAGAACCACUAGUUUUAAAGGAAAGAGAUCAUCAAAAGUCAGUGAGGGAGAUGUACUAGUCGUGAAUGCUCCCUCAGAUCUAAGAAGUAUUGCAUAUCCUGGAGGUGCAGUGGUUUUAGUAUUAUUACUCUCAGCUCGUUUACUCUCUUCAUAUUAUGGCCAUAUAGCAGACUGUGAUGAAACAUACAAUUAUUGGGAACCUUUGCAUUAUCUUGUUUAUGGAAAUGGAUUGCAGACAUGGGAAUACAGUCCAGCCUUUGCUAUCAGAUCAUAUAUGCCAUUGUGGUUAUUUGCCAUACCUGCAAAAGUACUAGCUAUAUUUAUGAGUCCUGUAAAAAUAUUUUAUGUGUUACGAGCAGUACUUGCUACCUUCAGUGCUGUUGCAGAGCUGAUGUUUUACAAAGCGAUAUGUCACGAAUACGGCGUGCACGUGGGGCGGGUGUGGCUGGGUCUUACGCUGCCAGCGGCGGGCUGCUUCGCCAGCUGCGCGGCCAUGCUGCCAUCGGCGUGGAGCUCCGCGCUCACGGCGGCCGCGCUCGCGUGCUGGUGGCGGCGGCGGUACCCUGCCGCAGUCAUGUUCACGGCUGCCAGUUCCUUACUAAGUUGGCCCUUUACAGCAUUAAUUGGAGUGCCCAUUGCCAUAGAUAUGAUUUUUAUGAAACAACAAUAUGUAACCUUCUUCAAGUGGUCGGUCAUAUCACUCGUCACAAUGUUGUUACCUAUGAUAAUAGUGGACUCUUGGCAUUACGGGCGGCUAGUAAUAGCGCCGUGGAAUAUAGUAUCUUACAAUAUUUUUACCGAACAUGGACCAGAUUUAUACGGAGUCGAGCCUUGGACCUACUAUUUUGUGAACGGAUUUCUUAACUUCAAUAUUGUAUGGAUACUAGCUUUAUCGAGUCCACUGCUGUUGUUGGCGUGCACCGCAAUCUCGGCGCGCUCGACUGCCCGGGCCUCGUUCUGCUCCCCUUACUGGCUAGGGCUGAUGCCGCUCACGCUGUGGCUGAUAGUAUUCAUGUUACAGCCACAUAAAGAAGAGAGAUUUUUGUACCCAGUCUACAACAUGAUUGUGCUAGCCGGAGCAAUCGGUGUGGAUUGUUUGCAAAAAAUGACAUUCGCGGUCGGCACGGAACUGUUUAGAUGGCGGAAAAUGAGGGAAAAACGUCAUUACCUCGUGUACACCGGUGCACUCAUGGCAAUAUCUGUUUCCGUAGCCGGGAUGAUCAGUGUUUCGCGGAUAAUGGCGCUUUUCAACAACUACAACGCUCCUAUGAACAUUCUGUAUCACCUGCCGGUGACGAAUGAAACAAGCCUUUUCCAAAACAAAUAUGUUUGUUUUGGUAAAGACUGGUACCGAUCGCCAUCCAGUUUUCACCUGCCUCCUGAGUACCGGAUUCGUUUCGUAGCCAGCGAGUUUAAUGGACAGCUACCUGCACCUUAUGCUUCAUCACUUGAUGCCACCCGUCUCGUUCUACCACAUUUCAACGAUUUUAAUAAAGGUGACAACCGCACGUACCUCAAACCUUCAGAGUGUCAUUAUUUGGUUGACACGGACAUUGGACAGCCUAGUGCUAUACAACCAGCGUACCACCGUAAUUCAAUGUCCUGGGAAAUCGUUGCAAGCCUUCCUAUAUUAGAUGCUGAGAGAUCUCAUAAAAUUUUUAGGGCGUUCUAUGUUCCGUUUUUAUCGAAUAAACACAACGUUUACUCGUCAUUAUACUUGUUAGAAAAUAAGAUUAUUGACAGAUUAACAUAGUUUUGAUUUUUAAGUUAGCUUUAGUUAUGGCUACUAAGCGUUAUCAAGUGAACAGGAUGCGAAACUAGAUUAUUUUUUUAUUUUUUUAUCUGCACUUUUUGAAAUUUUCAGUCUACUCUGGUAACUGGAAUAUAUUUUAUGCAACCGUGGUAUAAAACGGGUAAAAAAGUCAAGUGGCGUGAAUUACAGUAUUGAGCCGGAGCCGCAGGCGUAGGCGAACAUUGUAUAGGAAUACGCCACGAGUAUUUCUUGACCUACUUAUACAACGUUGCAUACAAUACUUUUUGUGCGACUACUGACUUAUAAAUAAAAUGAAAAAAUAAAAUCUACUGUUAUCUGUCAAAAUGUUGUCUAUGGUGAACUUUGUUUUUAAUUGCGCUCACUAGACGGUGAUAACAUUAAAAAAUAGUUUUUGUACACUAAGUUUGAAAACUGUAUUAAUUUUGAUUUUGUUAGAUUGGUAGCCAUUCAUUGCAGUAUUGCUUUAGCGAUUUUAAAGCAUAAGUGCUGUUAUGGGGAAUAAUAGGCAAUAUAGACUUUUCUUCAAACCUAUUAUGUAUGUUCUUAUAUUAGUGUCCAUGAAUGUGUUAUUUAUUUAUUUAUUUAUUUAUUUAAUCUUUAUUGCACAAAAGAAAACCUUAUAGUACAAAAGGCGGACUUAAUGCCAUGAGGCAUUCUCUACCAGUCAACCUUUAGGCAAAGCAGAGAGAUUGUGGGCGGUGCUACUUUAACAACAACAACCAAAUAUAAUACAAUAACAUACCAUACAUACAUAAUACAUACAUACAUAAAUAUACAUACUUAUAUUUCUUAUAAUAUAUACAUAAAUAACGACAAAACAUAUAGAGCUUACCCAUACAUUAUUAUUUUUUCAUUCUGCUAGCAAAGAAAGCACGUAAGGAUUUUUUUAAUGCAAACUUAUUUUGAGCAUUUUUGAUGCCGUAGGGAAGUCCGUUCCAAAGACGGGCCGCCUGCACGGAAAACGAAUUCGACAUGAACCCAGUGCGGUGAAGAGGGAUAGAUAGAGACAUAUUGCCGGAAGAGCGAAGUUGACGGUCCCGGGUAACGCCGUAGUAUUGAAAUAGAGACUUAAGGUAUUCAGGAGAAUGAGGAUCAUUUAACACAGAAAAAAGAGUACACAACAUGCGAACAUUGCGUCGUUGACGAAUGGGGAGCCAGCCGAGCUGGGAACGAAAAGAUGAGACAUGAUCAUAUUUACGAAGGCAAAAAAUGAAGCGAAUGCAGUUAUUGAGUAGCCGAUCCAAUUUGUCGAGAAGUUCUUCAUUUAAGUCCGGAUAACACACAUCACCAUAAUCAAUAAUGGGCAGGAUAAGGGAAUUAAUUAAUAAAACUUUGGUUUUGAUAGGCAGGAAGUGCUUAAAUUUAUUAAGAGCGUGAAGGGAACCCAUGACCUUUCGACUGAUCUCGGUAACCUGCGCUCUCCAACUCACGAGUACUAUCUAAGAGAACACCCAGAUCUUUAACACUUUGACUGAACCUUAUUGGAACCUUAUUGUUAAUGACAGAUAAAAGUAGAGCAGAAAAAAAAAUCGAUUGUAUAUGUAUUGGUGUCACUUUUGUACUUUUACAAGCUGAGCUCAAAUAGUUGUAUUAAACUGCUAAGCGUUCGCAUAGUUCUUCCGCACUUUCUUCGAACAAGUGUUUUUUUACUAUUCAUUUUCUUUUUUUCUGCCCUUAUGCAGAAAGGUACAACACCAAAGAGUUUGAAUGUUAGAAAACUUUAGGUAGAGGCUGUGCGGAAAAAGAAGAUUCGUAGAAUGUAUUUUUCACGUCAGCAGCUCGAACAUGGGUAAUUUGCUGCUUAAAAACAGUGAGCAAAAUCGCAUUUUGCUCACCGAGUGAGACAAAAUAACAUUCAAGUGACCUUUAGAUUCGAAUGUCAUUUCAACGUGCGGGGCCUAAUACAAGUUCGAAAUAUUUGGAUUCUAUUGUCUUUAUCCCUUUCACGUCAUUAGCAAAAAGAAAGAGACAAAAAAAGUGCAUACGGAAUUCAACGGUAUAUUGACGGUUUAUAAUAGACCCCCAAAAUAAGUCAGACCGCAUCGUUCCAAAACACCCUACGAGUCUUCAUUCGUAAUAAUUAUUUAAUGAAAUAAAAGUUUAAAAUUUAAUAAAAACACCAUAUUUUACGUAUUUUAUUAUAAAAUGAACUUAUACAAAUUUACGCAAUUGUUACGCAGUAAAUAAUUCUAUUUAACUACUUUUAACGAUCUCUACUAUAGUUGACAAAUAGUAGUAUCCGCAAUUCGGACCGGAUCUAACAAAGUUUUUUUUUUACAAAAAAAAGUUGUCGAUUGAACUGUCAAUUGAUGUUCGUUAAUUCAUUAUUUUCGUAUUAUUUUAUUGAAAUUUCUUUCGUUUUGUUUUAUUGCGGUAAUUAUAGUUAAUUGUUAGAAUACCUUCAGAAAACAUGAGUGAAAUAGUGAUCCGUCCGUCUGGAUUACAUUUUUUCAGGUUGUAUUUUUUGAUGGCUGACUGACGUGAAAAUUUUUGUGUACUACACGAGAUCAAAGUUAUUUACAUCUCGUGCGCUUUUGAGUCCCUUACUACGCUCAAGAUUCUAAAUUAGAUCACUCGCUACGCCCGUGAUUAUAGAAUCUUUCGCUUGCACGGGACUCAAAACAAGCACUCGAAGAAAUAUCAAACUUUGCUCUCUUGUUGUACAACUAACUAUUUUCCCUUAUAUUCCACGACUCUUCUCUUUCCGCAUAGACUCUACCUACUUUGUUUUUGAUUCGCGAUUUGACAUUUGUUACAUGUAUACAAAAAUCAAUUUUACAUGAUACAGACUAUACAUAUAGGAACCUAUUUGUUAUAAUCAGAGAUCGGACAAAUUAGCGUCAUUGCUCGCAAUAAUGUGGACAUAACUCCAAAAUUGAUUAAAAAAAUAAUCUUUUUUUUUUCAAUUCGAACUGUUUUAUGUUUAUUUCUGUACAAUUAAUGGAUGUAUUUAUUAAUCAAGUAACAUAGUAUAUAACUAAAAAAACGAACAAAAUAAAUAGAAUUAAAACUAAAAUAUAAUAGAACUUAAAACAAACUUAUAAAUAAAAAAAUGCUCCCCAGGUCACCUUCAUGCAUUAUGGUACCCAGAAGGCUGGGAGCGUUUAUUUAAUUUCUUACCUAAGAUUUAAUUUUGAUUCUUUCUUUUCUAGUCAAUAAAUAAUACAAAGAUUUCUUAUAAUGUAGAUUUAUAAAAGAAAAUAAUCAGUAAUUUUUCUAAAUUUUCUGAUAAUUAAAUGAUUAAUUUUUUAAUCACUUUUGAGUCAUAUCCACAUUAUUGCGAGCAAUGACGCUAAUUUGUCCGAUCUCUGGUUAAAAUUUAAAUAAGUACCAUUAAUACGAUUAUAUAUUAUAUUUAACUAAAUCAUCUUUUGAUGAUUUGGCUAAACGGGAUUACAUUGGCUGUCCUGAACCGAAAUAAAGAAGUAUUCAAAUGUAAAAUACAUCUUCCGCCAUUUUCACUUCACACUUAAUUUAUUUAAUGUUAUAUUUUUUGUACUUAUCGAAGCUAAAAGUAAUAUAUGUGCCCAGAUAAAAUAUAAAGUACCUAAUAUUGAGAAUAUAUUUCAAUAUUUGUAUUAUUGUGAAGAGCGGUGCCUCUCAACAAAGGUAUUUGUUACUUAAAAAGAGGCGCCAAAACUUAAUUACAACUGUACAAAUAAUUCUUAAACCGAAUAAAACAUUUUUAAUUAA